AUGAAGCAUCGCAAGGCAAAGGCACUCCUUGCGCUUGCGCUAGUUGGCCCCUCUACUGCAAUCCCAUACACCCCAUCGUCUAUCUUCCUUUCCCCACAACACGAUGACUCCAUCGCAUACAUCCUCCGACCCAGCUCCACCGGGGAAACCGAGUUCGUCUCUCUCAACCUGUCCAGCAGCAUCGAUGCCAAGAAUCUAUCAUAUCAAACCCUGUUGAAGAGCACGCCAUUCUACAGUUCCGAUCAAAACUCGACUUUCAUCUCUGCCAUCAAUGACCAAGGGUUCAUCACACGAGACAAAACUGCACCGAACUAUCUAGCGGCGGGGUUCACGUAUUCAGCAUCCCGCCACGAAGAUGAGAGCGAGAGCUCCAUGUACGCUUUUGGUGGAAUGUGCCCAUUCGCGAACAGCACGGACGAAACAUGGGUCACGGCGGCCAACUACUCCCGCUCGACGGUGGUGUUAGGGCCGAGUCCCUAUUACAACACCAAGUUCACCGCUGCCACGACUGGCAAGCGCGCACCGCCCGUCGCUGAAGCUGGAAUGGCCGUGGUGCCACUUCAGCCUACCUAUGCUGCCGGUUCUACGGGGAAACAACAAGACUUUUUGUUUAUUGGUGGCCAUACCAGGCAGGCCUUCCUUAACAUGUCGCAACUUGCCAUUUUCUCGCUGCCGCAGCAAAGCUGGAGCUUUGUUUCUGCCAUCUCUAAUUCGACGCCAGAGACUGAACGUGAACUGACUGUUCGAGAUGCGGUCUCUAUUGAGCCUCGCUCCGGUCACACUGCGGUUCUCUCGGAAGAUGGCAAUAAAGUGUUUGUAUUUGGAGGUUGGGUUGGGGAUAUGACUGUCCCUGCUGAGCCGCAGUUUGCAGUUCUGGAUCUUGCAGAAGGGUUUGGCGGAACCACCGAAUGGAUUUGGACAGCGCCCUCCGCCGAAGGAUUAGGGAUCACCCAGGGUGCUGGCAUCUUCGGACAUGGAGCGGCAAUGCUCCCUGGGGGCGUCAUGAUGAUUUCCGGGGGCUACAAUAUCCCGAAACCAUCUUCCAAACGGGCCUCAGCGACUGCGCAACCCAACCAGCAGGUCUAUCUCUACAAUGUGACUUCGAGCAGUUGGGUCACUUCUUACAGCAAUCCGGCGGCCAGUUCCUCGAAUGCUUCCCCCCGUUCCAGUAAGCUUUCAUCAUCCCAAAAGGCCGGCUUAGGGGUUGGGCUGGGCAUUGGAUGCCCUGCUGCCUUGGCCAUCGUUUUAACGAGCUCACUUUUGGGAUCGAAAUUGUCCAACACAAGCAAGCAGUAUUCGGAGUUCUGGAAUGAGCGAAAAAAAGGGAUGCCCCCCCUGUAUCCUUGGUCGGCAAAUCGCAGCCAGACGGCACGGCCCAACUGGAGAGACCAGGGCGAAGGCACAGCGGAGAGGACUGGGCUGUUGAUGGACCCUCCUAGUCCAGUCAAGAAUACCCAGCCCCCUGUGGUACCUCCAGUGAGCAAUCGGCCAUUCUCAUAUCGAAACAGUGAAUACCGUCGCAGUGACACUACUGGUGAUAUCCACCCUAUUGAUGAACGCGAAGAAGAUGAAGCGUUCCGAGAAAAUCUCAUGGCAACCAUCCCAGCUGGAACAAGACCCACGGUCAAGAUGACGGAGCCCGAAGACCCCUUCUCAGAUACCCCCUACGCAACUCCUCGGAGUACCAUCUUCGGCGUUGGCCUAGGUCCUUUCUACAGCCGGCGAAAGGAUAUUGGAUCCGUGGAUGUCGAGUCCCCGAAAACCGAACGAACAGCCACCAACCUGUCAGAUAACUCAGCAUUCUCUUUUGCGUCCUCCCAGCCUGUCGGCAUGGUCAACCAAGCACGAGGCAUUCUCGUCGAUCGACCUAUGAGCUGGGGCAGUGGGCGCCAGUCACUGGAAUACCUCGCCGAAACCUCAGCACACAGCGACCCAGACGGCGUAGCCCGUUCGGAGAAAUCAGUAUCAGCGGAUUCCUACUCUACAGCCCAGACAAACCUAUCCCACCGCAAGUCAGAGAACGAGUCCCUCCUCGUUGACGCCCUCGACCCCAUCACACCCUCAUCCCCCUCAAAACUGCCCCGGGAAUCCAAACCAAAAGCCUCUGACUGGGUAAUGAACACCAUGCGCCGAGCCCUAACAAUGACCCGCCGCAGCCCCGACAGCCAACCCGACUCCGGUUCUAGUACCUCUAGCGCCGCGCACCGCGCCUCCGGCAUUGACCGCCGCAGCACGCUCGGAUCAGGUCAACAAUCCACAAGCUCAGGUCCCAGCACCCCGCGCCGAGCAGUCAGCGCUUCAGCAGAGCUAUUCCGCCGCAAGCAGGGUGCCAAAGACUGGAACGCGCGGAAGCGUGUCUCAGACGAUGUGUUUAACAUGGCCCGGUCUACACGCGAUGAUCUUUUCAUCGGCGCGCCGGGAUACCUGGGUGACGAAGCUGGCUUCGGCGAUGACGAGGAAGAUGUCCAUGAUUGGGAUCUGGAGGGUGCUGCUGAGACCCGACGUGUCCAGACGACUUUUACCGUUCCUCGGGAGAAACUCCGUGUCGUUAAUGCUGCCGCUGGCGAUAUUGAUAGUACGUCUGAGCGCUCUGUUAGUUGGGGUACUGGGAACCGGAGGGUCAGUACCUAG